AUGGAUCUACCAGCACGGAGCCCUGCAUUGCUCAGCGACUCCUCCACGAGGCUCUGUCCCACAUUAGGGAUAGGGCGACGUCAAAUGACGUUGCAAUGCCAGGAUGGUGAAUCCUUCAGCGCAGAUGCGAAUUUUAAUAACCGAGACACGAUGUUGGCAGAUAACCGUCGAAUACCUUGGACAGCAUCAGUUCCCGUGCCCAAGCUGAGAGUGCUGGAGAGUUGGCUCACCCUAGAUCACUACCUGUUCUCCCCUCGCUUUUGCUGCUUCCUUCUGUCCCUUCACCAUCUCCAAUUGCAGAUAAUGGACGAGGCCAAGGAUACCGCAGUCUGGUGGUUUGAGAUGCAGGGUCUUGCUCCCUUUUAG